CGGACGUACGCACGCUCCGCGCGGCCAGAGGUCGCCCGGGCCGGAGUUUGCAGCACGCGUGUCCUGAACCUGAGGGCAUCAUGUCCUGAGGCGAUGGGGGCGCAGGUGUUUCGCGCAUUCAGGAACUUCAACCUGGAGAACCGAGCCGAAAGAGAAAUCAGCAAGAUGAAGCCUUCUCCGGCUCCCAAGCACCCGUCCACCCGCAGUCUCUUGGGAGAACAGCUGAGAAAUCAUCCCGAAAUUAAGGGAGAAGUUGUUAGCAAAGACAACAAGCUGCUUGCCUUACUAAAAGAUGUGUAUGUUGACUCCAAAGAUCCUGUAACUUCCGUGCAGGUAAAAGAUGCUGAAACUCAUCAAGAACCAAAGGAAUUCAGAUUGCCAAUAGGCCAUCACUUUGAUAUGAUGGAUAUUAAGAACAUUCCUAAAGGCAAAAUUUCCAUUGUAGAAGCACUGACACUUCUCAAUAAUCAUAAGCUUUAUCCAGAAAUCUGGACUGCUAAGAAAAUAGCACAGGAAUACCAUUUAGAACUGAACGAUGUAAAUUCUCUUCUCAAAUAUUUUGUUACUUUUGAAGUAAAAAUCUUUCCUCCUGAAGACAAGAAAGCAAUACAAUCAAAAUGAAGAAAAUUGUAAAAGUACUUUUCCUUUGUUUACUUCCCAUCCUCAUGUCUUGUUUGUUUUCUUGUUUUUAGCAUAUUAAAUUAUAUACAUUGC